ACUUUUACUAAAAUUAACCUUACUUUUUACAAACUUAACCUAAGUUUCCGGACAUUUAUUUAAACAUUAAAUAACGCAAAAAGAACAAAUUGUAUUAUGGCAUCUCUAUCUAGACUUAGCAGAUUAUAUUCGUUACGACACGCGGUCAAAUUUACACAGACAAUAACAUCGAAAGCCAACAACCACCAAAGGGCUAUUGCGCUUGUGACGAAGUCCCGUUUCUUUAGUACCGAGGCUAAGGCUGACCAUCACUCUAUAAUCAGUGACACGGAAAAGCCGACUGGUGAAAGUACGAAAUAUGAGUUCCAAGCGGAAACUAGAAUGUUAUUGGAUAUUGUGGCAAAGUCUUUGUAUUCAGAAAAGGAAGUUUUCAUUAGAGAAUUGAUAUCAAAUGCGAGUGAUGCCCUAGAAAAAUUUAGAUACAUCACAUUAUCUGAUACUGAGAUGGCCAAACAAUUUAGAGAAGUUGAUAGACCAUUAGAAAUACAUAUUUCUACAGAUAAGCAGAAUCGCACAUUAACAAUUCAAGAUACUGGUAUUGGAAUGACUGAGGAAGAACUUAAGACAAAUUUGGGAAUCAUUGCCAAAUCUGGCUCAAAAGCAUUUAUUGAACAAAUAAAAGAAAAACAAAAAGCUGGUGACAACAAUAUAAUAGGCCAAUUUGGGGUUGGAUUCUACAGUGCUUUUAUGGUUGCUGAUAAGGUUGUUGUAUACACAAAAUCAUCAAAAAGUGAUCAAGGAUAUAUGUGGAGUUCUGAUGGGAGUGGAACUUAUGAAAUACGACCAUCAGAUGGUGUCAGUUAUGGUACAAAAAUCGUAAUCCAUUUGAAAAAUGAUUGUCGGGAGUUCUCAGAUGAAGAAACGGUCAAAAAUAUACUCAACAAAUACAGUAAUUUCGUCGGCAGUCCAUUGUACUUAAACGGUACAAAAGCUAACAUUGUUGAGCCAUUGUGGAUUGCAGACCCAAAAAAUGUGAAUGCCCAGCAACACAAUGAAUUCUACAGAUAUAUUAGUGGAUGUUAUGAUGUUCCUAGAUACACUUUACAUUACAAAACUGAUGUUCCAUUGUCAAUUAGGGCUUUGCUCUAUUUUCCAGAAGGAAAACCUGGCCUCUUUGAAAUGUCAAGAGAAACAGAAUCAGGUGUGGCUUUGUACACAAAAAAGAUUUUAAUUAAAAGCAAAACGGAUAAUAUUUUGCCAAAGUGGCUGAGAUUCAUCAAAGGCGUCGUCGACUCCGAGGAUAUUCCUUUAAAUUUGAGCAGAGAACUAUUGCAAAACAGCGCUCUAAUUAGUAAGCUACGAAACGUAUUAACAAGUCGCGUGCUUAAAUUCCUUUUGGACCAGCUAAAAAAAGAUCAGUCGGAAUACGAGAAGUUCUACGCCGACUAUGGCUUAUUUCUUAAAGAGGGCAUAAUUACGAACAGCAAUCAAAUGGAAAAGGAAGAUACAGCUAAACUCCUUCUCUUUGAGUCCUCACACAUGGAACCUGGAAAGAAAAUUACACUAACAGAUUAUAUUUCAAGGACCAAAGAAAAUAAAUCAAUUUUCUAUUUAGCUGCUCCAAGCCGAGCAUUGGCAGAAGCUUCUCCCUAUUACGAAUCUCUGAAACAAAGAGCUCAAGAAGUUCUCUUCUGUUAUGAACCGUACGACGAACUCGUCCUGAUGCAGUUGCAGCAGUUCAAAGGUCACAGAGUGGUGUCUGUGGAAAAGGACAUGCGAGAAGAUAAGACUGCCAAUGAUCUCAGUAAUUUAGGUGAUGAUAGUUUGAAAAGAAGUGAGAUCAAUGAUUUGACUAGCUUCUUGAAAACGAAACUCCAAGGAAAAGCUGCAGAUGUGAACGCAACCUCAAGAUUGGACGCCCAUCCUUGUGUUGUUACUGUUGAAGAAAUGGCAGCAGCAAGACACUUUAUCAAAACCCAAAGUCACCAGUUAUCAGAAGACAGGCGUUACGCAAUUCUCCAGCCAAAAUUCGAAAUAAACCCAAAACAUCCUAUCAUUAAAAAGUUGCACAAGUUGACGAAAGACAAUCCAGAACUGGCCGACUUAUUAGCCAAACAAUUAUUUGCCAAUUCAAUGGUUGGUGCAGGGUUAGUGGAUGAUCCAAGAACACUCCUAACUUCAAUGAACGAUUUACUUGUAAAAGCGUUAGAAAACCACUGAGAUUAACUGUGCCCAUUCAUUCCUUGUUUAUUUUUGUUUGUAUUUACUGUUUAGUUUUGUUAAUAAAUAAUUCGAAAUGAGAGAAAAAGAGCAAA